AUUCACCAUUAACAUUGGAUGCCAACCGCCGUUAAACACCAUAGAAGAAUUAUUUUGACAUCAAGAAACCACCAGCAGUCGAGCCACAUUCCUUUCUUGUUGCUAUUGAAAUAUUUGUUCGCUAUUUAUAAUGACAUGCAGAAGAGGAGCUCUCAUUGUGCUCGAAGGAGUGGACAAGGCAGGGAAAACGACACAAUGUAACAAACUAGUCCAAGCACUGCAGGAUAGCGGACAGAAAGCUGAGAUGAUGAAGUUCCCUGAAAGAACUACAAAGAUCGGCCAGCUGAUCAACUCCUAUCUUGAGAACAAAAGCAACCUGGAGGACCAUACAGUGCAUCUGCUGUUCUCUGCCAACCGAUGGGAACUAAUGCCUCUGAUGAAGGAGAAGUUGGAGCAGGGCAUCAGUCUGGUGGUGGAUAGAUACGCCUUCUCUGGAGUGGCCUUCACCAGCGCCAAGCCUGGUUUCAGUCUGGACUGGUGUAUGAAUCCUGACAAGGGGCUGCCCAAGCCAGACCUGGUGAUGUUCCUGCAGCUCAGCCCCUCCGAGGCCGCCCAGCGGGGUCAGUUUGGGACAGAGAGAUAUGAGACCACCGUCUUCCAGAAGGCCGUACAGCAGAAGUUUGAACUUCUGAUGAAGGACUCCUCUGUCAAGUGGCAGGUGAUUGAUGCAGCCAGGAACAUUGAAGAUGUGCACGCUGACAUUAAGAACCACAGUGUUGAUGCCAUCAAAGCAGCAGAGAAUGAGCCAAUCGGGGAGCUGUGGAAGUGAGCCUGGACCAGGAGACCAAAUUUAUCCUCUGGAGAUUCCACCCAACAGUGCCUAGUACACAAGAAGAAGCUUGAAUAUGAAACUGCAAACUGUAUGUUACGAUAUUUAAGUGGGUAUAGUCAACUCUUUCAAAUCAUUAUUUCACAAAAAAAAAACACAAACAAGUAAAUGAAAUAAAUGUCCAAGCUGUAA